AUGCUCUCUCGCGUGAUCCAUGACUUGUACUAUUUGAAGCGCAUCCACAGCGUGGUGCUGGAUGAGAAGCUUGGACGUGCACUGAAGGCGAAGCUAAGUGCAUUGAACCUCCGCGAUAGUCCUUCACCCGGUCCUGCAGCGCUUCGCCGGUUGGUGGAGUGCUUAGUCUACUUUCAGCUUGAAAGCAGCCCGGUGACGGUGAGUGCGAUUGCCCUUGUGCGAGAGGAGCUUUCCCAGAUGACGGGGAGCCAGCUUUCUCGAACCAUCGCGGCAUGUUGUGCGCUUGGCCAAAAUGAUAUCUCCGUGUCUGCCGUAUCCUUGCUGGCGGAGGCGUUGCCUAGCAUGGAUAGCGUGGGAGCUGUGCAGCUCAUUCAGUCUCUUGCCACUGCUGGCGUGCGGCAUGAGGAUACCUGGUCACUUCUAGCAGAGCACUGCAUUAGACGCAUGGAUAGUUUCACAGGGCGGCAACUGUACCGUAUCAUUGAGUGUUUUUAUGAGCGAAAGGUACAGUACCCUGAUUUCUACGUUGUGGCGGAGCGGCACAUUUGUGCCCAGCCCUCCACCUACAUUUCCAUGGAGCAGUUAAGCGGUGUCAUAGAAUGCUACAGAGGACUUGGUCUGCCUGUUAUGUCACUUCUUGCCGCUAGUUCCACCCGUUCGGCGGAGGGGUUUGACAGUGGUCUGGUGGCUGUGGCGCCCACGCGGGCGCGGCGAGUCCACCGCGACGGAGCUGGCAUGAUUGCAGCGGGAGGGGAUGCACCAUCGAACCAUGCUGUAAUGGCUACAUUCCUGGAGUCGGCGCUCAAGGCCAUGAAAGUGGCGGAUGAUCCACAGUUGAGUGACAUGCUGCAAAAGUGUGAGGCGAAGCAAGUGAUGCAUGUAGAGAUUAUGGAGGCGGCUGCCAUGCGGCUGAGGGAGUUGCAUGCCACAUCCCCAAACGUUUUCAGAACGACGGCACUCAUCCGGUUGAUGAUGCGCUUUCAGAAAAAGGAAUGGUUUACGUCUGCCGCCCAGCCUCUCUCGCAGCUGCUAGACGAGUGCGCGGAGAGCGCCAUUCCUGCGUUGGGGCACCGCAUGCUGACGUUGGCUGACGGCGCAUUGAAAUUAUUUCCUGCAGGUGUUCAACCCACGCACUUCUACGCCGCUCUGGUUCGGGACCUUAAGUUUGACGACGUGGCGGCCAGCACGGACGCCAGGCGGUUACCGCUUCUUGCCGGCGUCAUGAUUUCUCUCCGCACCUACGGGGGUCAUGCGUUGCUUGAACAACACAUGUCUAUGAUUUCUGUUGCGGCGGCAAACGCGCCACUACGCGUCCAGGUGGAGCUUGCUGAAAUGCUUGCCCCGCUUCCAGCCGCACGAAGUGCGUUCCUGCCAGAUCUCUUUCAGUCUCUUUCUGCAGAAAGAAAUUGGGUGCGUGUUCUCACUGCACGUGAGGCGGCGCUGCUUCUUGAGAGUCUCGCGCGUAGCCGUUUGCCGUUCAACGACUUGCUUUUGGUGGUAGUAGAGUAUACCAGAGAAAAUCUUGGCCGAUUUGACGCCUCCAAGUUGGUCAAUAUGCUUCUACAGUGCGCGACGAUGGGGUUUAGUGACAUUGAGUUUUACUCCACCACCGCAACGCAUAUUCUGGAGAAGGCCCCAAGGAGUAACGUGCAUGAUCUUUGCUUGCUUAUGUACGUUUUUACGUUUGUCCUGAAGGGUGUGAUUCGUGUGGUGCAGCAGAUACUGCCCCGCCUGCGUGUCUCGGCGAGUCACGCUGUUCCGCGUGAUAUCACACUGGUACUAUAUAGUGCGGUGAAACUCGGCAUUACCCGUCACACGGAGGUGACAACUCCUUUCUGCGAUCGUGCCGCGAACAUCAUCGCCUCCUUCAAGGGUGAAGAGCUUUCCAGUUGUAUGACUUCUUUGCAUGCCCUUCGAUUUGACCACGAGGGUCUGCUCUCCGCCGCUGCACACGUGCUAGGCGCCGAGCUGGCACAUCGUGAGGGCAUAGUGGCAGAGAAGGAGGAGGGGGUCCGCCUUAGCGACGCGCAGAUUGUUUCCAUCGCAAGUGCCAUUGUGCAGCUGCGGCACUCACUACUGCGAACGGAGUGGCACUCACCCCUUCAGCGCAUCUGCUUUGGGUGUCUCCCUACGGCGGGGCCCAGUCAGACGCAUCACAUCGCCGUCACCGUGGCGGCCCUCAAGGAGGCCCCGUGCCAAGCGGGGCAGUGGGAAAAGUUACUGCAGCACGCCAAUGCCGUUUGUCAGCGGUUUCCAAGCGGCACUGUCACGGCGGAAGUCCUCCUCUCUCUCCACGAUUUCAUCACCCGUGACGGCGGCGUUGACAUAAGAGAGGCGCUUGUGGCCUCUCCACUGCUUGCCCACGCGCAGAGAAAUGUGGCGGAUGUUAUGGCCAACACGGAGGUGCGUGACAGACUGCGCAGCAAAGGGCUGCUGGCUCUCAUUGCGGGUGUUGGCGUGCCGCUCAGCGACGAUGACUCUGAUCGCGUCUCCGCCCGCGACAUUCCACUGCGUGAGUCGAUGUUGCUUUAUCACAAAAAGUUGCGACAGACCGCCCCCCACGGGGGGCCGAAACGCAUCAAGUCGCAGGCCCUAAAUCCAACAUCAAUUAGGGCCGCGGCAAAAUCGAAACCCAUGAAGCGGAAAGAGAAGGAUGAAAAUGGCGUCAGCACGCACAGCUGUGGUGGUGAUCGGCUAAGUAAAGAAGGCGCUGAACUCGCUUCUGGCGAUGCGAGUGCAAGCAUUGAGGAUGACGGUGACGAUAAGGCAAUGGGUGCGGGCACCUCCGUUCUGGCUUCUAGGCGCGCUGGAGCGAAGAAGCUGUCCAUUGACUAUGACGUGGAGCCUGAGGCUGAUGUGGAGGAGUUUCACAUUUAG